ACUAGCUCGCACUUUCAGUGAACUGUGGACACUCAAACUACUCUACUUCGUCUUGUUAACUAUUCUUUAGAUUUCAUUUGUGAAACAAAAACAAUGUCUUGCCAGAAAACCCUUUUAACAAUUUUCAACAAAGGCGCGUCUUUUCCUUCAAACCAGCACCACCAUCAACACGAACUUGCUCGUAAAGUUACUCACAUCCUCAUCAAUUCAACCAACUCCAACUAUUUCAAACCCAACAAUACUCAACUCCACUCCAUGAUUUCCUGCAUCACCCCCCAAGUUACUCACCGUGUUCUUUCAGACCCUACUCUUCAACCCCACUCUUGUUUAUCCUUUUUCCACUUCCUCAAAACCCAUCAUUCCAACCUCUCACUCAAACCUGACCUCAAAGCCCAUUUGAUUCUCUUUUCUAGACUCUUAAAAGCCCGGAAAUUCGCCACCAUGAAGACUAUUUUGAAUUCCGUAGUUACUGACUCCGAAUUUGCUUCCCCGGUUUCGGGUAUUAUCGAUUUGGUUGAUGAAUUUGAGCCACAUUUUGUUGAGAAGCUUUGUGAUAUGUUGUUUAGGGUUUGUUCUGAUAAUAGGUUGUUCGAAGAAGCAAUUAGGGUUUAUGAUUAUGUGGAGGAGAAGGGGUUGGUGAUAGAGGAGAGGUCUUGUUUUGUGCUUUUGCUUGCUUUGAAGAGAUGUGGUGAGGUGGAGUUGUGUGUUAAGUUCUUCCGCCGGAUGAUUGAGUAUGAUAGAAUUGAAAUUAGGGUUCAGUCUUUGACACUUGUGAUUGAUGGGUUGUGCAGGAGAGGAGAGGUGGAGAAAGCUAAGGAGUUGAUGGAUGAGAUGGUGAGUAAAAGCGUUGUGAAACCGACUGUGUUUACUUACAAUACAUUGUUGAAUGCGUAUGUUGGAAGAAAGGAUCGAAAGGGAGUUGAUGAGAUACUGAGGUUGAUGGAGAAGGAAGAGGUUGUAUUUAGUGUGGCGACUUAUAGUAUUUUGAUUCAGUGGUAUUCUAGUUUGGGUGAUAUUGAGGAAGCUGAGAAGAUAUUCGAGGAAAUGCGUGAAAGAAAUAUAGAAAUUGAUGUUUAUGUUUAUUCGUCGAUGAUAAGUUGGAAUUGUAGGUUAGGAAAUAUGAAAAGGGCCUUUGCGUUGUUUGAUGAGAUGACUCAGAGAGACGUUGCUCCUAACGCACAUACUUAUGGCGCGUUGAUUGGUGGUGUGUGCAAGGCAGGUCAAAUGGAAGCUGCGGAAAUCUUGUUGGAAGAGAUGCAAAGUAAGGGAGUUGACCUGAAUAUAAUAAUAUUUAACACGAUGAUAGAUGGCUACUGCAAAAGAGGAAUGAUGGAUGAAGCUUUGAGGUUGCAAGCAAUCAUGGAAAGGAAAGGAUUCAAAGCAGAUGUGUUUACAUUCAACAUUCUUGCAAAUGGGCUCUGUAAAUUGCAUAGGUACGAGGAAGCUAAAUGUACUUUAAAUUCAAUGGUAGAGAAAGGAGUGGAACCAAAUGUUGUGACUUUCACUAUGUUUAUCGAGAUAUAUUGCAAGGAAGGAAACCUUGCUGAAGCUGAGAGGUUCUUUAGGGAUAUGGAGAGAAGGGGAGAAGUGCCUAAUGUUGUUACAUAUAACACUCUGAUUGACGCGUAUUGCAAGAAAGAAAAAGUGAAGCAAGCACAUACGAUAAAAUCUGAAAUGAUAAACAAGGGGUUAUUGCCAGAUGUAUAUACAUACACAUCGCUGAUACAUGGGGAAUGUAUUGUUGGACGGGUAGACGAGGCGCUUACAAUUUUCAAUGAAAUGAGGUUAAAGGGGAUAACUGGAAAUGUUGCAACGUAUACAUCAAUCAUUUCAGGUUUAUCCAAGGAGGGGAGAGCAGAUGAAGCAUUUAAGUUGUAUGAUGAGAUGAUGAAAAUGGGCCUAAUACCUGACGAUAGAAUUUUUGGCGCACUUGUUGGUAGUCUUCACAAACCUCUCAUCCAUGCUGGUCUAAAACAAAAUGAAUAUGAGGAUCUGAAGUAG